AUGGCGGGACGGCUUCGUUUUCACGUGGAACGGCGGGACACGAGCCAGGCUUUGAUCGGAUCCCUCGCUCGCCAUGCGCUGCCAGGCCAGGCCAGGCCACUCUCUCGCCCGCGCCCGCUUGCCCGCCUGCCCGCCUGCUGCCCGCUCCACCGUUCCAUACAUACAUCACCAUCUGCCCCAUCUCUAUUGCUAUUUCCUGCCGCUUGUUUGUAUCACCAGGCACGGCAUACCUACCUAUACACCUCCAUCAUCUACUCCAAAGUCGACUCGUCUCCCCCAAAACCCUGCGGCCCAACUAACCCCAUUACUUUCCCAUACCCACUCCCUCUCCGCCUAUCAUUUGCUCAGACCUCGCCGUCCCAUCCCAUCUCAUCCCAUCCUAUCCCAUCCCAUCCUGUCCUGCCGCGACGACCCUUCCUUCUCGCCCGUUCAUCACCCUCUUUCUUCUCACUCGCUCUCUGUCUCCUACGCUCUGCCGCGCUUCGUCUUGUCUCGUCUUGUUUCAUCGAGCCGACCUUCCUCCUCCUCCGCCCAGCGGUUCCCCCGGCUCGCCCCAAAGUCAAGACGCACGCACCCUCCCUCCGCCCACGACACACAGCUGCGCGGCAAUCUGCCUUCGGCCUCGUUGUUGCACCCACUCUACGCCCGCCGCCCAAAAAUCUACCACGCCAGCCGCUGAGUCGUGUGCCGCUGCCCCUGCCGCCUGUGUUGCUGUGUCCUACCCUUCGUCCUGUGCCUCCGCUUCCAUCCAUCACAGCCUGCAGCUAUCCGUCCGCAGACACGCGCUGUUUGUACCCGCUUGCUGCCUUGACUCUUGGAUACCCCAACGCCAUACCACACAACGCGACACAACACGCACCGCAGGACACGACACGACCCGAUUCACCUUGCUUUGCCAUCCGCUGCUCAUCGUCCCAUAAUCUAGACAUACCCCCCCCCAGGCCCCCUUCCCCGCUUGCCUACCUGCCUGCUCCUCCUCCAGGUAGCCACCUCCCUGUCUCUUCCUUCGCUCAAUCAACCAUCAUGGCGGGGAAAAUGACGCUAUACAAGCUGGUGGUGCUGGGUGACGGUGGCGUAGGCAAGACUGCUUUGACCAUCCAGCUCUGCCUGAACCACUUCGUCGAGACAUACGACCCCACGAUCGAAGAUUCGUACCGCAAGCAGGUACAGAUUGACGGACAGUCAUGCAUGCUCGAGGUACUCGACACCGCUGGCCAGGAAGAGUACAUCGCUUUGCGUGAUCAGUGGAUACGUGAUGGCGAAGGCUUCGUUCUUGUUUACAGCAUCUCGUCCCGUUCAUCUUUCGCCCGAAUUCAACGUUUCCACAACCAGAUCCAGCGCGUCAAGGAGACCUCGUUGUCCAGCUCCCCUACUUAUCCCGGCUCCCCCGUGUCAGCAUCCCCCAUGGGUCAUUUUUCGGGUCCGGCUCCUGUCAUGCUCGUUGGCAACAAGUGCGACCGCGUCACGGAGCGUGAGGUUUCCACCCAAGAAGGCAGUGCUCUCGCCAAGGAGCUUGGCUGUGAAUUCGUCGAGGCCUCUGCCAAAAACUGUGUCAAUGUCGAAAAAGCUUUCUUUGAGGUUGUGAGGCUGCUGCGCCGCCAACGGCAGGGCGGCAGACCUGUCAAGACCAAAGUUGAACCCAAAGAUCGGCCAGAUGGUGGUCGUCCGCACCCCAAGAAACCCAAAGGGAUGAAGUGUGUGAUACUUUGA